AAGUCCUCCGCCCGCAGGUGCAAUUGCCCCAACGGCCUGAAGCGUCCGGACGGUGUAUGCAUCUCGGUGGUGGAGAUCGCCCAGGCCCCCGACCCGCAGCCGCCCCCUCCCGCCGCCCACCACGAGGGCGCCGGGGCGGACUUCGAGACCAUUCCCUCCUCGACCGCCGCGCCUCGUUCUCCGACGGCGGCGCAGGGCGGCUUCGCGGGGCCCAUCGCCAUCUGCGUCCUGAUCGUCGUGUCCUUCAGCAUCCUCAUCAUCACGACGGCUUACAACUUUCGCGUGAGGAACCGCCGUCUGGACGAAGUGCGGAGCAUCCUCAAUUCGCGCUCCACGACCUCCAUCGCCGCCAGGGACGGCCGGCGAGCUUCCAUAGGGAGUCUGAGGGACGCGCCCCCCUCCUACCACACCCUGCAGCCCCCGUCCUACGAGCAGGCCACUCUAGACGCCGGGAGCCUCUCCUCGACGUCCCCGCAGCAGCCGCGGGCUCACAGCACGCUGCGACGACCCAGCUACAGAACGAGCAUGGAAGGCGCCGCGAUCUCGAUCCCCGAGCUGGAUCCCAGGACGAGGGUCUCCUUCGACGCCGUCGCCGCAGCUUCCGCCUCUGCUCCUACGGGGUCCUCCUUCGCCGAGUUCAGCAAUCUUCCCUACAUUGACGACGCUGCGUCUCCAAGGCGGUACUGAAGAUGCUCCUCGGCUUUUUUCCUGCGGGUUCUGGUCCUCUUUCGCCGCCUCCCGUCGAGGAAAAUGAGAGAAACUUGAGAGUGACUUGGCCCUUUCGUCAUGAGAAGAAAACAAAAAUGUCCAUGCAAGUCACCCAUGCAAUCUGAAUUCGAAAAAAGAUGUCAUGGAUGUGGAUAAACACAAAAUUAACCAAGGAAGAGAGAUUCAAUUUUCUGAGAGUUAAAUGGACGAAAGGAAAUAUUAGUGACUUGUAUGUUGGCAUUAAACCAAAUGGGAGCUUUGCACUCUUUAACGAGUUCGGGGACCACAUAUGCUAGUCAGCACUGCGCAGUGCCUUAUGAUAAUGUUAAAAGUAUUGAACUGCCUUAACUUGAAUCUGAGUCUUUUUAUAAUGGAGGGCAAGAUCAAGAUUUGUUUUAGUCUUUUCAGUCGGUAUUAUUAAAAACACUAUGCUCACCACAUGUAAGAUAAAGAAACACUUUUUUUUUUAAUCAAAGAUCAGUAUUAAAAAUAGACUAGAAUGGUAUAUUAAUGAUCAUACAUAUCACUGUUACUAACAAAAGUUCCGAAUGACAGGAAAAAGAAGUUACCUCAGUUCCAUGUGUAAUAAUACGACUGUUUGUGCUAAAAUAGGUGUUGAUGUUGUGCUAAAAUAGGUGUUGAUGUUGACUAAGUACAAUGAAAUAAUGUAAGUAUUAGGUGGUUGGCUUCUUUGUAUUUCACAGCUGAUGUGACUACUUGUCGACUUUUGUAGUUUCGAACAGUUUGCUGAUGUUUGCUCUCCUGUAUAUCUAUUUAUUUUGUGUGUAAGUAAAUAUUUCUGGUUCGUGAUUGGAAAAAGGGGUGUCGUUAUGAUAAAAGGACAUUGUAUUUAUAUGUCUUGUAUCUACCAAAAUUAUUCAUUAUUAGAAUGAGUCAACAGUAUUGUCACCGUAUCCAUUUUAAGUCACCUUUUCUUCGUAAAUAUACGAAAAACACGUAAUUGUUGCCAUUUGUGAAAAAAAAAAAAA